UUGAUGCGCACUACUUGAAAAACGGGGAACCGACAAAGAUUUCUUAUCAGCAACAAAAGCGAGAUUAGAAUGCGUAGAUCUUCGACGGAGAGUCUCAGCUUCUAAGCUGGGAGGUGAUGGAAAGUAACGGUGUCAUGAAACACGCUGCAAGUGCCUGGGCAUUCCAGUUGGGACCACUGGCACGAACGGGCAAUACCAUGCCACCCAAAGAUGAUCCAGAAUUACAGAAACUUCGAAAAGAACUGGACGACAUGAUGAAAAAAAUCAAGGAGGAGCAGGACAAGGUAGCAGACAAAACACUACAGGACAUCUGUGGAGACAUGGCAGAUGCUCCGAAAGUGCGGCUCACCACAAAGAAGCUACUCAAGGGUCACAUCAACAAGGUCAACUCAGUACACUUCAGUGGAGACAGCAGGCACGCAGUGACAGGAUCAUUGGACGGCAAACUCAUCAUCUGGGACACAUGGACGGGUAACAAGGUGCAGGUCAUCCCACUGAGAUCAUCCUGGGUCAUGAGCGUGGCCUUUGCACCAUCUGGAAACUAUGUCGCAUGCGGGGGAAUGGACAACAUGUGUACCAUAUACGACCUAAACAAUCGUGACUCCACGGGAGCAGCAAAGAUCGUGCGAGAGCUUCUGGGAUACGAGGGCUUUCUGUCUUCGUGUCGCUUUCUGGAUGACAAGACAAUUAUUACUGGGUCAGGAGACAUGAAGAUCUGCUUGUGGGACCUGGAGGCAGGCAAGCGCUCCCUGGAGUUCGAAGCCCACUCAGGAGAUGUCGUAUCCAUCUCUCUGUCACCUGACUCCAAGACCUACAUAACUGGCAGUGUGGACAAAUCUUGCAGGUUGUGGGAUUUGCGUGAUGAGAAGCCCAAGCAAACAUUUUUUGGGCACACAUCUGACGUCAACUCUGUUUGUUUCCACCCGUCAGGCUACGCAUUUGCAACAGGAUCUGAGGACAAGACUUCUCGGAUGUUCGACAUACGUUCUGAUCAGAACGUAGCAACUUACUGUCCUCCGAACAGCACUUCAGGAUUUACAUCCUGUGGUCUCUCAUUCUCUGGUCGCUACGUGUUGUGUGGAAGUGACGACUCAUCUGUCCACAUCUGGGACACACUGAAGAACCAGCACAAUGGAUGUCUGACUGGUCAUGAGAACCGCAUCACAUCAUUGUCUGUGGCAGGGAAUGGGAUGGCUGUCGCAACAUGCUCCUGGGACAACAACGUUCGUGUUUGGGUGUGAUUUGUCCGCAUGUCUGACUACGUGGUACUGACAAAGUUGCCUGACCCUAUUUUUUGCCAGUUCAAUCCACUUCAAAACAUAUUUAAAAUAAAUUUUAAUAAGAUAUUGUAGGUGCGUCAUAUUGUGAUUUAUUUAAAUAGUAUUAAAAAUAUAUUAAAA